GCAUGUGAGAAAUUUCUACUGCCCAUAAAUGCUAUGUCAUCUCUGUGAAAGGCAAUCAGAAUUACAGCCCCACGCUGGAACAGUGAUGUUUAUUUAAGAGGAUUGGUGGCCAGAAAUAAGCCACAGUGUCUAAUCAGACACAGGCCCUGCCUGGGCUCUGAGCCACAGCCUUUAUUGCGUGUGCAUUUCUCAUAAGCAAAAUGGCUACGAACUGAGGCGGGUGGAUGUGAAGUCUGGAAGAAAUUACGGUGGAAACAGCAGUUUGUAACUUUCUGAGGAGGAUUUAAUUGUAUAUAAAUAUACGGGAAUGAAUGAAACUGUGUGGCUGUGAGUUACAGAGAGCCAAAUGGGGAAUGUCUGUGGAUGUGUGAGGGCUGAAAAGGAAGAACAGUGUUUAGAUCCUGCCAAAGCUCCCCUAAGUCCAGAGAAACAUUCCCCUGGAAGAAAAUAUCUCAGAAGAAAAAGGAGAAAGAAAUCAACCGAGGAGAGAUCAGAUUCAGUGCACGUUAAAGAAAAUGAAGAAAAAAGACAGUAUGAAGUGGAGAUUUCUGAAAACAGCAAGAUUCAUCCUAAGGGUGUGGGAUUGGCCGACUUCUACCCCGGGAGAAUGACAGUGGCUGGUAAUGCUCUGCCUGUGAGUACAGACCUUUCAGUUGAUAUUGCUAAAGCAGAAGUUUUCUCGGGCAAAGCAAAGAGUGAUUCUCUUUGUGGGGAGAACUUUCACUGUGAUAAUCAGAGGCUCGCCAAGUCCGAUGAAACAGACACAUGGUUAAAGGAACAAGACAAGAGUAAUUCAGAGAAGCACUGUGUGUGGAAAAGGAAAUGUUCACAGGAUGAUAACAGGAGAGAAUUAGGAUUCCUGAAGAAGUCCGGUGGUUUUGGUUAUAGAAAAGGAACUAUGUCGGAUUCUACCAUCCACGUUUUAGGCAGACAACAUGAAGAAACUGAAUUAAACAUAACUUCUUGCAGAGUCAUUGAAAAUGUUUCAGAAAGCAGUAAAUCUGAAAAGUUGCGUCACUUUCUUUCUGAAAGCAAAAGUGAUCCGUUACUUGAACAAAAGAGGUUUUAUCCUGAUGCUGUACUUUCCCAUUUGCCAAAAGAAAAGGCAUCUUUUAGCAUUGCACCAAACAGGAGCAAGAUAUCUGAUAUCCACGUUACUGGGGAGUCAGAGGACAUGUCUGCUAAAGAGAGACUGCUCCUGUGGUCACAGCAAACAACAGAGGGUUAUGCUGGAAUACGCUGUGAAAAUUUCACUACCUGCUGGCGUGAUGGAAGGUUAUUUAAUGCCAUCAUUCAUAAAUACAGGCCGGACCUGAUAGACAUGAAUACCGUUGCUGUUCAAAGCAACCUCGCAAAUUUAGAACAUGCAUUUUUUGUAGCAGAAAAACUUGGUGUUGCUAGACUUCUGGAUCCUGAAGAUGUCGAUGUUUCCUCACCUGAUGAGAAGUCAGUAAUAACUUAUGUGUCAUCACUUUAUGAUGCAUUUCCCAAAGUACCAGAAGGUGGUGAAGGCAUCAGUGCAAAUGAUGUUGAAGUCAAAUGGGUUGAAUAUCAGAAUAUGGUGAACUACCUCAUGCAGUGGAUCAGACACCAUGUCGCGAUAAUGUCUGACAGAACAUUUCCCAAUAAUCCUGUGGAAUUGAAGGCACUUUAUAAUCAAUAUUUACAGUUUAAAGAAACAGAAAUUCCGCCGAAGGAGAUAGAUAAAUCGAAAAUUAAACAUCUAUAUAAACUGCUGGAGGUCUGGAUAGAAUUUGGACGCAUUAAACUCUCUCAAGGCUACCAUCCAAAUGAUAUAGAAAAAGAAUGGGGAAAGCUGAUUAUUGCCAUGCUGGAAAGAGAGAAGACCCUUCGGCCUGAAGUGGAGAGGUUGGAAAUGCUGCAGCAAAUUGCAAACAGGAUUCAGCGGGACAGCCGGAGCUGUGAGGACAAACUGGUACUCGCCCGGAAUGCUCUGCAGUCUGACACCAAGCGAUUGGAGUCAGGGCUCCAGUUCCAGCAUGAAGCAGAGAUAGCUGGGUAUCUUCUUGAAUCUGAGAAUCUUCUCCGCCAGCAAGUGAUUGAUGCCCAAAUUCUUAUUGAUGGAAAAUACUAUCAAGCAGACCAGCUUGUUCAAAGAGUUGCAAAACUUCGUGAUGACCUGAUGGCCCUACGGACCGAAUGUUCUUCCGUGUACAACAAGGGGCACGCGCUGACCACCGAGCAGACGAAGCUGAUGAUAUCAGGAAUAACCGAAAGCUUAAACUCAGGAUUUACAACAAACCUAACGCCUGAACUAAAUGCUGCAAUGACACAAGGUUUAACGCCUACUUUGACUACUUCCAGUUUGACAUCUGGCCUUUCAUCAGGUCUUACUUCCAGACUGACACCAACCAUCACCCCUGCUUACCCAUCAGGCAUCCCACCACGGUUAAUUCAGAACUAUGUGACGGGAGUAGACAGUGGGACUCUGCAAACGCUCAAACUGAUGCAAAUCAGAAAACCUCUUAUGAAAUCAGCUUUUGUGGAUCAGAAUUUGACAGAAGAAGAGGUGAACAUGAAGUUUGUCCAGGACCUAUUGAGCUGGGUGGAAGAAAUGCAGGUUCAACUUGAUCGAGCAGAAUGGGGUUCAGAUUUGCCAAGUGUUGAAAGCCAUUUAGAAAAUCACAAAAAUGUCCACAAAGCUAUUGAGGAAUUUGAAUCCAGCCUUAAAGAAGCCAAAAUCAGUGAGAUCCAAAUGACUGCCCCUCUUAAACUCAGUUAUGCAGAAAAGCUGCACAAACUGGAGAGUCAGUAUUCAAAACUCUUGAACACAUCAAGAAAUCAGGAAAGGCAUCUAGAUACUCUUCACAAUUUUGUGUCUCGUGCUACUAGAGAGUUGAUAUGGCUGAAUGAAAAAGAAGAGGAGGAGGUUGCAUAUGACUGGAGUGAAAGAAACCCCAAUAUAACAAGAAAAAAAGAAUACCAUGCAGAGUUAAUGAGAGAACUUGAUGAAAAAGAAGAAGUUAUUAAAUCAGUACAAGAAAUAGCUGAGCAAUUGCUUCUGGAAAACCACCCAGCCAGGCUAACCAUUGAGGCCUAUAGAGCUGCAAUGCAGACACAAUGGAGCUGGAUUCUUCAGCUCUGCCACUGUGUUGAACAACAUUUGAGAGAAAAUGCUGCAUAUUUUGAGUUUUUCAGCGACGCCAAAGAAGCCAUGGAAUAUUUGAAGAAUUUAAAAGAUACCAUAUACCGAAAAUACAGUUGUGAUAGAUCAAGCAGUCUUCAUAGGCUGGAAGACCUUGUCCAGGAGUCUAUGGAAGAAAAAGAGCAACUCUUGCAGUACAAGAGCACAGUAGCAGGCCUUGUGGGAAGAGCAAAGGCAAUAAUUCAGCUGAAGCCAAGGAACCCUGACUGUGUACUCAAAACAUCCAUUCCAAUUAAAGCCAUCUGUGACUAUAGACAAAUUGAGAUAACUAUUUACAAAGAUGAUGAGUGUGUGUUAGCAAACAACUCCCAUCGUGCUAAAUGGAAAGUCAUUAGCCCAAGUGGUAAUGAGGCCAUGGUUCCAUCUGUAUGCUUUACAGUUCCUCCACCAAACAAAGAAGCAAUAGAUACAGCCAACAGGAUUGAACAGCAAUUUCAGAAUGUUCUGGCACUUUGGCAUGAGUCACAUGUAAACAUGAAGAGUGUGGUGUCCUGGCAUUACCUGACAAAUGAAAUUGAAGUUGUUCGAGCUGGCAAUGUUGCCUCAAUAAAGACAAUGCUGCCAGGUGAACAUCAACAGGUUCUAAGCAAUUUACAGUCCCGCUUUGAUGAUUUUGUGGAAGACAGCCAGGAGUCCAAAAUCUUUACAAGCUCCGAUACAGCACAGCUGGAAAGGGAAGUUAAUGUUUGCAAGCAAUACUAUCAAGAGCUUCUCAAGUCUGCAGAAAGAGAGGAGCAGGAAGAAUCUAUUUACAAUCUGUACAUCUCUGAAGUCAGAAAUAUCAGACUACGACUGGAGAGUUGUGAGGAGCGGUUAAUACGGCAGAUCCGGACGCCAAUGGAAAGGGACGAUGUACAUGAAAAUGUACUUAGGAUUUCAGAGCAAGAGAAACUGAAGAAAGAACUGGAUCGACUGAAAGAUGACUUGGGAGUCAUCACAGAUAAAUGUGAAGAGUUUUUCAGUCAAGCUGCUGGUUCACCUUCAGUUCCUACUCUACGCUCUGAACUCAAUGUUGUUAUACAAAACAUGAACCAAGUUUACUCCAUGUCUUCCAUUUUCAUAGAUAAAUUAAAAACUAUAAAUUUGGUGCUGACGAACACCCAAACAGCAGAAUCAUUAGUAAAACACUAUGAAACUAAAUUGUGUGAAGAAGAGGCAGUAACGGCUGACAAAAACAAUAUUGAAAAUCUGAUGGGUACAUUAAAGCAAUGGAGAUCUGAAGUAGAUGAGAAAAGACAAACAUUCCAUGCCUUAGAGGAUGAACUGCAGAAGGCAAAGAUGAUCAGUGAUCAGAUGUUUAAAAUGCACAAGGAACGUGAUCUUGACUUUGACUGGCAUAAAGAAAAAGUUGAUCAGUUGGCUGAGAGGUGGCAAAAUGUUCAUUCACAAAUUGAAAAUAGGUUGCGUGACUUAGAAGGUAUUAAUAAGUCUCUGAAGUAUUAUAAAGAUACUUACAAUUCUUUGGACACUUGGAUUCAACAAGUGGAAGAUACUCAGCGAAAGAUUCAAGAAAUACAUCCUGAAAAUAGCAAAGCAUUGGCUAAGCAAUUGAACCAACAUAAGAUGCUGGUUUCUGAGAUUGAAAUGAAACAAAGCAAAAUAGAUGAAUGCCAGAAGUAUUCAGAACAAUAUUCAGCUGCUGUGAAGGACUAUGAGUUGCAGACCAUGACCUACAGAGCUAUGGUUGAUUCCCAACAAAAAUCUCCAGUAAAGCGCCGAAGAAUGCAAAGCUCAUCAGACUUCAUUAUUCAAGAGUUCAUGGAUCUACGGACUCGGUACACUGCCUUAGUGACCUUGAUGACCCAGUACAUUAAGUUUGCAGGUGAUUCUUUGAAAAGACUGGAAGAGGAAGAGAGAUUACCAGAAGAGAAUCAACUCCAGCAACCUGUGAAGUCAGCUGAAGUCUUUCCACAUUUGGGAUGUAAUGAAGAUCCUGAAUUGAGAGAAGAAAAGAAACCUAAUGAAAGCAUGAUGGAUGUGGAAUAUCUGCAAAACCAGAGCUCUACCAGUAAACCUGAAUACACAGAAAAUAAACUGGAAAUAAACAGAAGAAAAUUAACUGUAGGCAGAUAUGAUAAAAUUAAAACUGAUAGAACAUUUAAACAACUUCUAAAUUUCAGUGGUCAAGAAAGUACCAUUAGAGGCAACAGAGACAGUAAGCUGCAUACAGAGGAAGAGAGUUUAAUGGGUUUUGGUAAUCAAAGUAAAGAAGAAAAAAAUGGCAGGAAAGAUAGUUUUGUUUCAACUGAAAUCUGUGUGAGUGUGAACAAUGAUCCUAGUGAAAUGUUAAAUGAGCAAAUUGCUAAUGCAGAGAGACAGAAAACAGAGGGGAAAUCAAAGAAGUUGCCUGUAGUGCAAUCAGAAACUGAUUUUGAGCUAACAACAAAGAAAACUGAAGUAACUCCAAAAACUGCAAAGGAGGCCCUGGGUAUCAGCCCUUACAAACAGCAACAGUUUUCACAUAGACCUUACUUUCAAUGUCAGCAUGAAGAGCAUUCCUUUACAGAAAGCAAAAGCCAUAGUACUUUAAAAUCUGAAGACAGAGAGUUUCAAGUGUGUGGUGAAAAAGCUGGUUCUCUUUCAGGUGCAACGGAUGCAACAUCUUUAGACGAAGUUGCAUCCUCUUUCGGAGAGCUGGCAGUGCACAAUGGAAGUGAACAAACAAAGUUAAAUUUGCAAUCUAUGAGUACUCCAGAUGUUUAUCAUCAUGUUGAAAAGAAUACUGACAAACUGCAGAAACCAUCUCUGGAUAAAGAUUACUUCCUUGUAGAAAAUGAAAUCCUAGAAAAAUCAAAUUCAAAUAAAGCCAAGAAUACAGAGCAAGAAAUUUUGGCUGUUUCUUCAGGAAAUAUUUCAGAGACUCACUGUGCAGCAAAAGUUUUUGAAUCCUACCCAUUAGAUUUUCAGCUAUCACCAGUGCAGAAUGAUCAACAUUUAGGUACAGAAUUGUUAGGAAAUGCUGGUGAUUUAAAUGCAAAUUUAGGUGUCUCAGGAAUUUUUUCUGGAGGAGAGGAUUAUUUUCCAUUAUCAGAACAUGAACUAGCAAAAAAGCUUCUAAGUCACUAUAAGAAAGUCAACGUGAAGAAGCAGAGUGGAGAAGACAGGCUAGAACAGGGUCAGAAAUGUAAAGAUUUAUUGUUAGUUUCAGAAGUAGACAGUAGAGAUGAGGGUAGUAGCACAAAGGUCCCUGGAAAAACCACUGAACUCCAGAAAACAUUCAGUGAAAAAGUAGGCAUAAAAGCCUCAUUUAAAAAAAAGGAAAAGCAAAAAAAGAGAGAGAAAGAUCAUGAAGAGAAAAGGAGCACAGCUAUGAUUAAGAAAUCAAUGGAAGAGGAAAAGAAGGAGCAUGUUGAGAAAGCUGGGGAUUUACUGAAAUGGGUGUCAAACCUCAGCAAGACACUCAGCAAAGAAGAAGGAGAAAAGGCUGAAAAGACAGAUUUACCUAAGCAGCAGAUUUUCCUGCAUGAAAUGUCAACCAAGAAAGAACAAAUAGCUGAAGCUCUGCAGACUACUCAGUCAUUUUUAGCUAAGCACAGUGAUAAAAUGACAGAUGAAGAGAGACAUGAAAUGGAAAAGCAAGUUAGAUCUCUCCAGGAAAGCUACAGCUUGUUAUCCAACGAAGCUUUGAAGCAGCUGCAGGAAGCACAUAUGGGCGAUGAAAAGAUGGAAGAAAAGGUGAAUAAAGUCAUUGCUGGUGUCAUUGACCAAACAACUGGAGAAGUCCUUUCAGUCUUUCAGUCUAUUUUAAGAGGUUUUCUUGACUAUGACACUGGAAUUAGAUUGCUUGAGAAUCAGCUGAUUCUUUCUGGAAUAAUUUCUCCAGAGUUAGGAGUGUGUUAUGAUUUGGAAGAAGCUAAAGCCCAUGCCUUAAUUGAUGAGCAGAUUCUGUUGCAGCUGCAAGAAUUAAGUAAUGCAAAGAAGCUUUUGUCAGAAUCAUCAUUAGCAAAUAUUCCAGUUGUUUCAGCUUUAGAACAAGGUUUGAUUUCAGAACCUCUGGCUGUUAAAAUUCUUGAGAAUCAGCUUUCAAGUGAGUAUUUGAUUUUGCCAUCUACUGGAGAAAAACUGUCUUUGCAGAAUGCUUUCCAGAGAAAUCUCAUUUCUCCAACAUUAUAUUCAAAACUCCUGGAAAGACAAGAUACGUGUAAAGAUCUCAUAGACCCCAACUGUGCUGAGAAAAUUUCCCUUGAACAGAUGAUUCAUAGAAGCAUAAUACAUGAAGCAACAGGUUUAAGACUCCUAUCUGUGAAACCACAAGAAAAAGGGAGAAUUGUGCUCAAAUGUGGAAGGAGGGUAACUGUUUUGAGGGCAGCCCACGAAGGGCUCAUUGACAGGGAAACAAUGUUCAGGCUGCUGGGUGCUCAGUUAAUGUCUGGAGGUAUCAUUGACCCUGACUCAGGGAAGAGAAUGACUGUGGAAGAGGCCAUGGGACAAGGGAUGAUAGAUCAGGACACUGCCUGUGGGAUCUUCACACAUCAGGUUCAGACUGGUGGAAUCCUUUGUCACAACUCAGGACAACGCUUGACUGUUGAUGAAGCUGUGCAGUGCAACUUAAUAUCAUCUACCAGUGCUCUGCUGGUAUUAGAAGCACAGAGAGGCUUUGUGGGACUAAUUUGGCCUCAUACUGGUGAAAUAUUCCCCGUAUCAACUUCUUUGCACCAAGAUAUGAUUACAAAUGAGCUGGCAUUCAAAAUACUGAAUGAUAGAAAGAAAAUAGCUGCACUUUACAUUCCAGAAACUUGUGAAAUAAUCAGUCUUGAUAAGGCUGCAGAAUCAGGGAUAAUAGACAGUAACACUGUAUCUGUUUUGACCAAUGUGAUUUUACCAGAUAAAAUGCCCAAUGUAGAGGAAUUAAAGUCCUCUUGUAAAAAUGCUGCAAAAUGGUUAUCAACUUAUGAAUUUCUGCCAUCUGUAUUUCAUGACUGUGAGGGGGAAUAUGAAGAUUCUGGCACAGAAGACCCUGUAUGUCAUAAUCUAGAUCAAGCUAAGAAAAUAUUCAUGUCUUACCUGAUGGUAAAUAGUUAUAUGGAUGCAAACACUGGACAGAGACUUUUGUUAUAUGAUGGACAACUGCAAGAAGUCAUCAGUAUGUUGCUGGAAGUUGAUAGUGCUGGGUACAAUGCUUGUGUGUCAGAAAUGGAAUUUAGUAACAAAUAUGUAAGCUCAAAAGGAAUUCACCUAAAGUCAGCAGAUAAUGUUCAGGGUGAUCUUUCAGGUGUUGAGAAUUCUUGUAAAAACAGGAAAUGUAUUCAAUUUGAUGAUUUUGGGAAUUACGUAUCUUCACAAGAAGAUCUCCAUGUGUGCAGGCCAGAUGUUUGCAAUGCUCUUGGUACUGAGCAAUCAGAAUAUACACAGGAGAUCCUGUUAAAUAUCCCUGCAGAACUCAGAAAUGUAGUAGGCAGCACUCAAAAUUCCAUGAAGAGAAAUGAACUCAGAGGUUUUUUGGAGGUUUCUGGGUGGACAGAACUCUGUAAGCAUAACAAUCAGCAGACAAAUUCAGGAAACAUUGAAGGGUAUCUUCCAAAUGACUCGAAUAUGACACUUUUAUCACAAACAGCAAAAGAAGGGAUUUGUGUGGGAGACAGUCUGGAUAAUGAAAACAUGAGUGAUAAAACAUUACAAAAUUCCUUGUGUGUGAAUGAUUUGUCAAAUAACGAAACAUGGAAGGAGCUGGAAAGGUGCACGGAAUAUGGGCCUCACAUAUUUCAAGCUGAUAGUAGCAGAAUGGUACUGGAUAACAGCACGAAAGAUAAUUUUCAGAGACAUCUUGGUUCAUCCAUCAGUGCAGAAACUGAAGAUAGGCUUCCAGAGGAAUUGGUUAGUCAAUGUGGUGUCACACUGAAGUUUGAAGACAAUAGAUAUGGUGCACAACUUCUCCAGGAAUAUGCAGGUCCAUCCCUAGAGGACUGUCUUUAUAUCCAUGGAAGGUCAUCCCUGGAGGAUUGUACUGAUUUUCGGAAUGAACUGUGUCUAGAAGACAGCACAGGCAUGCACCAUAGGCUUUCACUGGGUGGUGAUACUGUCAUACAUGAUGGACCACCUCUGGGGGACAGUAACAGCAAAGCACAAAGGCUGGCAGUAGAAGAAAGUGAUCUUAUAUUCCACAAGUUACUGCCGUGUGACAGUAGCUCUGACUCAUCAAUAGAGGGGGAUGAUGGCACCCCACAGCUUGAGAGUAGCUGCCUGCAGCAUGCCUGUGGUGAGGUAGCCUCUGAAGAGGACAGCUCUCAGUUGGAUGAUGGUGAUGAUGAAGCCUAUGAAACACCUCAGGGUGACAAUGAUGACAGUGAUGUCUAUGAUACUCCACAAAUGGAUGAUGAUGUUUCCUCUGACACUUCUCAAGGUGAUGAGGGGUUUGAUACCUUGCAGUUGGGGGAUGAUGAUACACCAGAGCCAGAACUGGCUGGAAGAUCAGUUCCAUUAGGUUUUCUGGAGGAGAGAGGUGGUAGAAUAGUCCUAAGAGAAGAGACCAGCUCUUUUCAAGAAUUUGCAGUUAAUGCUGAAGAGAAUGUUCAUGUAAUUGUGAAAGGGAAACCUGAGAGCAUAGCUAUAGCUUCUGCAAAUGCCAAAACUAUGGGAAAAGUCCCUGAGGAAAAGGAAAGAACAGGGGGUUUUGGAGAGAAGGAGCAAGAGUUACCAAUUACUGUCGAAAGUGAAGGAAGAAAGGAAGAAGGCAUGAGCUAUUUACGGAGUAUGUAUGAAGCAGUUGUACAAGACAGAAUUCAGGAAGUUGAAAUGAAAGCAGAAGGUGACCCGUGUGAGGAGGAAUCUGAAAGUACACAGGAGGGGGAAGAUUAUGAGGAGGAUUAUGAUAGUUAUGAUGACUCUGACACUGAUUCUGACAGUGAAGAUGAAAUGGAUAUUUUUUAUUCACAUCAUCAAUGCAUAAGUAAAGGUGACCAGCUGUUAAUGUCUGCAGAAGAUGUAGAAAGGAGCAAUGAAAACAAUCAGAAUAUUGAUGACUGCUGCUAUUCUUUAGGCCACAAGACCGGCUAUAUUUUGCAAUUCCAGUCUAACCAUGAAAAUGGAAAACUAUCCUCAUCAAUAUGUGAAUCAAUGUCAAAUAUUUCUGAAGAAAGAUUUGUUGGUCUUUCAUGUACCAGUGAAGAAGACACACAGCAGGAAACAGAAGAUGAAUAUGGGAUUUGUGUCAAAAGUGAACACAAACCACAAGAUACUACGGAGCCUAUUCAGUCUGAAAAUACUUUUGACACUAAAUGGAUGUCGACAAAGAGUGAAGAGAAUAAUGAAACACAGUUGAGACUAGCAGGUUCUCAGCUUCUUGAUGGUACUGUGAAAUCUGACAUCAGUGUGACAGCCUACCUACAGCAAGCUACUGAUGAUGACCAAAGUACCUGGAAAAAUUUGCUUCUCUCAGAAUGCUUUACUGAUAGCAUGAAUAAAGACUGUAAUACCAUGCCAAUAUUAGAUUCAAAUCAUAGACAAAGACAGAGAGAGGCACUACUUGCAGAGGGAAAUGUAUUAAAUUAUAUGGAACAACUAAAGGAAAGUUCAUCCCAAAUGGACAAUAAAUUCCUUACAGAUACCUCUCAUGUGGGUGAUAAUAGUUCACUUAGGGAGCCAAUACAUCUAGUCACCAGUUGGAAUCAUAGUCAAAUAGAAAGAGGUUUUGAAAUUCUUACAGAAAAUAGAAAUAGAGUAAAUAUUAUGGAGGAAUGUGAUGUCAUGGGGCUAAGUAAUAGUCCCAUUCAGAUGGAAAAUCUUGGGGAAAUAUUUGAUGCAACAGUAAUUAAAGCUGCUAGAGAAACUCCUGUUGCAAGUAAAGAAAAAGUAAAUGUUGAUCAAGCUUUUCUUGCCAUUCAAGGUGCAAGAUCAGAUGAAUUUAAGAGAGAUGUUAACAUUUCUGCUUCUUUAAAACAAUAUACAACAUGCAUAAAAGAAGGUGGCCAUUCAGAAUUCAAUAAAACUGAAUUCUGUUUUGAGAACAUGGAAAGGGGGGAAAAGGAUAUAUGGAAUGAAAAGGAUUUUCUGCUAAAUGCAGAAGAAAUGCAUUCAAGUGAAUUUAACACUUACUCUUUUCCCCCACCUGAUACAGUGAAACCAAAGGAGAUUAGCAUAACUAAAGAAACAGGGAGAAUCAACUGUCAAAAUACUGACAAUGUUCUUAAAGACAUUCCAGAAAACAAAAGCAGCAAUGAUAGUGAAAUUUUUCCCACAAAACCAGAUGCUUUAGGAAGUAUUGAGGAUGCCAAAGAAUUAGGGAGUGGAAGUGAAGUGCUGCCUACUGGGAGACAUACUCACACCACUGAUGUUUCUUCUGCAAUUCUGAGCAGCACAGGGACUAAGUUGAAUUACAGUGCCCAGAAGGAACAUGAGAUGCUGAAAAACACAAAGGGAGAAAAUAUCAUGUUCAGUGAGACUUCCUCCUUUGGAAAUAGUUUCAAAAAACAAGUGUCCAUGGAGUCAUUGCAAAAAGAAAUGGGACCCUGCAAAGAUUUUCAAGUAAAAGAAGGUAUUUCACAACCAGCAGAUGUGCCUGACACACUAAUGGAAGACUUACAGAAUAUAUUACAAAGGAAAUUGAAAAUGGGACAUAUUUAUUGCAAGCAGGAAGGCGAACCCCUAAGUUACUCUGAUACCAGAACUUUAAUGCAAAAUUUACUUAAAAUGGUUAGAAGCACUCAGCUUGCGAGUGAAAUUUCUAGUGGGUCAAAUCUGAAGCAAAUGAGCAAUGCCAUUAGAACUGCAUUAAUGGUCACCAAGCUGUGUACAGAGCCCAAGGACAGUGAUGCUCCUUCACUGCUUUGGCCUGAUUGCAGAAGUCCUGAUCUUCUGCACGAUAUUCUGAAGCAGGAGUCCUGCAAACAAAAGACAGCUGAUGCAGAUGAAAGGAAGAGUGAAACAGACAUGAAAGCUCCUGUUCCCAAGCUUGCUACUGCUGAACUUCUGGAAAUUUUUCAAACUGCACUUGGAGAUGAAAGUACAAGCAAGUUAGAGGAGCUGAUAAAUGGUUUGCUUAUGAGCUCACAGGGUGCUGGUACCACCACAGAGCAUGAGGGUAAAAGCAAAGGAGAUGGGCUUUAUUCUCUUUCCUCAACAGAGCAAUCAGAACUUGGGUCAGAAACUGAAGAAGAGAAAACAUUGGCAGAUAACACAACCACUACUUGGAAAAGUGAUCAGGAGCAUGGGAAGACAGAAAGCCUGUCCAAAGGCUUGACUGAGCCUGUUUUGAAGACAAAAGAAGCAGUCGUGGGAGACAUCCCCACUAGCAUGUUUGAUGGAGUACAGCAGUGUUUAAAGUUAACAGAGACAAUGCAAGAACAUUUGGCAGUGCUUCAAGAUAUGAAAAACCACCUAGAUAAACAACAGCCUAUUAGUAACAGCCUGGAAAUACUAAAAGCUGAACUGGAACAGCUAGAGUCAUUUGAAUCAGGACUGGCUACCUUUGCAAUUAUCCUAAAAAAGGACAUGAAGUUGGCAGAAGAAUUCUUAAAGUCUUGUAACAGGGAUAUUCCUGAAGAGAAUAUUAAAGAGCUGAAGAUAAGCUAUGACUCUCUCCAGGAAGCAUUUUCGGAAGUCUGUGACAGAUCUUCAAAACGAGCAAAACAAAUAGUCUGUGCUGUUGACUUGGAAAUGUCUAAGCUUGCAGGAUUACAUCAGCAACUUCUAAACCAACUUCAGAGAUUUUCAGACUGGAUCACAGAGAACAAUAAAAUCAUGAAUGACUUCACAAUGAAUACUAACGAUAUAGAAGAGAUGAAGAAAAGUUUACAGCUAUUUAAAAACAGUGCUGCAGAGCUCAGCUGUAAAAAAAUGCAACUGGAGUCCACUGCAUUUGAUGUUCAGUUCUUCAUUUCUGAACAUGCUGAAGAUCUUUCUCCUAAUCAGAGCAAACAGCUGCUGAGGCUCUUAAAUACCACUCAGAAAUUUUUUCAGGAAGCACAGGAAGCAAUAAGUUCUCAAGUGGAAAGUUUAGAGACUCAGUUACAGGCAGUGCAAGAUCUGGGUGAUCAGAAGGAUGUGGCUGAACGGCAGCAGGAAUGCAAAGAGAAGCUGCAGGAAAUCUGUGAUUUGCUUACACAGACUGAAAAUCGACUCAUUGGACAGCGACAGUCUCUUGUUAUUGGAGACAGCAAGGCUGAGCUGGAACAAUACCAGACCAAACAGGAGGAGAUACAGAAAGACAUGAGAACAAGUGCCCAGACACUGGCAGAGAUUGUGAAAAACACUGAAACCUUCUUGAAAGAGAAUGGAGAAAAGUUGUCACAAGAAGACAAGACUAUUCUGGAACAAAAACUAAAUGAAGCUAAGACAAAGUGUUUGCUCCUUAGCCAGAAGGCAGAAGAGUCCAAAAAAGAAUUGGAUAAAGCUAUGACAACAGCAAUUAAGCAGGAAACAGAAAAGGUUGCAGCCAUAGAACAGCUGGAAGAAAGUAAAAAUACAAUAGAAAACCUUUUGGAUUGGUUAUCAAAUGUGGAUAAAGAAGCGGAGCACGGCCGGAAAUUUAAGCAAGUGAUAGAACAGAACGGAACACACUUUGAAGAAGUUUUGGAAGGAGAGGAGGAUGAUGUCAAUGGUAAUCUGCUGGAAAUGCAGCAAGACAUUGAAACUCAGGUGGAUGGACUAGUAAAAAGCAUAGAUGAUAAUCUGAACCAGCAGUAUCAGAAAGUCAAGGCUCAACAUGAGAAAAUUAUUUCACAGCAGCAGGCUAUCAUUGUAGCAACUCAGUCUGCUCAGGCACUGCUUGAGAAACAAGGGCACUACCUUAGCCCUGAAGAAAAAGACAAGAUGCAAAGGAACAUGAAAGAGCUGAAGGCUCAAUAUGAGACUGCUUUGGCUGAAUCAGAACGAAAAAUGAAAUUGACCCAUUCUCUGCGGGAAGAAUUGGAGAAAUUCGAUGCAGACUAUAGUGAAUUUGAAACGUGGCUGCAGCAGGCAGAGCAAGAACUUGACAAUUUGGAGGCAGGGGCUUCUGACUUCAGUGGUAUUAUGGUCAAACUGAAAAGGCAGAAGAGUUUUUCAGAAGAUGUUAUAUCUCACAAAGGGGAUUUACGCUAUAUUACAAUUUCUGGACAAAGAGUUUUGGAUGCUGCAAGGUCAUGUAGCAAAAGAGAUGGUGUGAAGAUUGACAAAGAUGGUAUCGAUACUUCGGCUACAUAUGCUGAAGUGCAAAAUAAACUGGAUAGAGCUUCAGAUCGCUUCAAGUCUCUCUAUACUAAAUGUAGCAUCCUUGGAAAUAAUCUUAAAGACCUGGUGGAUAAAUACCAGCAUUAUGAAGAUGCCUCAUCAGGACUUUUGUCAGGUCUCCAGGCCUCUGAAAUAGCUGUGAACAAACAACUAUCAGAGCCAAUUGCAGUGGAUCCCAAAAAUCUCCAAAGACAACUUGAAGAAACUAAGGUUCUUCAGGGACAAGUGUCUAACCACCAAAUUGCUGUAGAAAAACUGAAAAAAGCUGCUGAAGUGUUAUUGGACACAAGGGGAGAGUUGGCACCAGACAAAGAUGAGAUUCAGAAAACACUGGAUGAUAUCGUGGAGAGAUAUGACAAUUUAUCCAAAUCUGUGAAUGAAAGGAAUGAGAAGCUUCAAGUAACUCUGACACGAUCCCUAAGUGUGCAGGAUGGUUUGGAUGAAAUGCUGGAUUGGAUGGAAGGAGUUGAAAAGAGCCUUAAAGAACAAGAUCAAGUGCCUUUGAAUUCUGCUGCUAUUCAGGACAUUAUUAGUAAAAGCAUUAUGCUAGAGCAAGACAUUGCAGGUCGCCAAAGCAGCAUAAACACUAUGAAUGAAAAAGUGAAGAAGUUCAUGGAAACAGCAGAUCCAUCCACUGCUUCCACACUGCAAGCUAAAAUGAGUGAACUUGCAGGACGGUUUUCUGAUGCAAGUAACAAGCAUAGAGAGAAGCUUAUGAAAAUGGAGGAAUUGAAGACUAAAGUGGAGUUAUUUGAAGGUCUGUCAACAAAACUUCAGUCAUUUCUAGAUGAGAAAAACCAGACACUGAGUGAGACAGAGGCACCAAGAAAGGAUGUUAGUGAAGUGUCUCAAUACAUGCAGGAAGCUAGUGUAGAAUUGGCACAACACAAGAAGGAUCUAGAAGUUUUGAAGCAGCUCCUUGAAGAACUUUCAUUCCAUGCUCUUCCUGGAGAUAAAGCACUGGUAUUAGAAAAAGUAAAUGCUUUGUCAAAGAAAUUCAAAGAGGUAGAGGAGACAAUAAAAGAAAAAGAAGAGGAUGUAUCAUCUUGUCAGAAACAAAUGGAUGCUUUUGAGCUUCUUGUAGAAUCAUUAAAGAAAUGGAUAAAAGAGACGACAGAACGAAUUCCAGCAGCACAGCCCUCUCUGAAUACAGAGGAGUUAAAGAAACCUUUGGAAGAUACAUUGAAUUUAAAAGAUGAGUGGACAUUAAAGGCACCUGAACUGCAGAAAAUGAAUAGCAGAGGAACUUUGCUGUGUAACUUAAUCACUGCUGUGACUUCUCCUGCAAAACUGAGAGCAGUUGCCAAAUCAGGUGGCACAAUUCUAAAUGGUGAAGGAGGAGCUCCAGGAACUCAGGACUUCUUGAAAAAUAAAGAACUGACAACUGUUCAACAAGCUAUGUCUAAUGUAAAUCACAGCUAUGAAGAUUUGGGAGUUUUACUGAAUGAAAAGAUUUCAGAACUAGAAAGUAUGCUUUCAAAAAUGCAAAAUAUUCAGGAAGAAUCGGCCUCAAUGAUGCAAUGGUUGCAAAAAAUGGACAAAACUGCAUCAGACUGGGAAGCUGCUCCAACAGAUAGUGAAGCUGUUAAAGCCCAAGUUGAGCAACAUAAGCUUUUUGAAACUGAAUUAAAGCAAAGUGCAAAUAAAGUGCAGGAACUAAAGGACAAAGUUACAGAGCUGUUGGAGAAGAACCCUGACUCUCCAGAGGCACUGAAGUGGAGACAAACGUUGGAUAAAAUAGAUUCCAAAUGGAAAGAACUCAAUCAAGUUACAUCUGAGAGACAACAAAAACUGGAGGAGUCUUCAAAUUACCUGAUCCAGUUCCAGACAGCAGAAGCUCAGCUAAAGCACUGGCUUGUAGAGAAGGAGCUAAUGGUCAGUGUGCUGGGACCGUUAUCAAUUGAUCCUAAUAUGCUGAAUACACAAAAGCAACAGGUUCAGAUUCUGCUCAAAGAGUUUGACACCAGAAAGCCACAAUAUGAGCAGUUAACUAUUGCUGGGCAGGGGAUUCUGGAGAGACCUGGUGAACAUCCACCCUCACAUGAAAUUGUAAAAGAGCAACUGGCAGCUGUGGCACAAAAGUGGGACAGUCUAACCAGCCAGCUGAAGAAGAGAUGUGACCGAAUUGACCAAGCCAUUGUGAAAAGCACAGAGUAUCAAAGUUUACUCAGAAGUCUGUCUGAUAAGCUAAGUGCCUUGGAUAGUAAACUCAGCAGCAGCCUGGCUGUGAGUACACAACCUGAUGCUGUGAAACAACAGCUGGAAAUUGCUAAAGAAACAAAGGAGGAAAUAGAACAGGAAAUGAAGAAUAUAAAUGCAGCACAAGCUCUUUGUGAAGAGCUGUCAACACUGGUUGGGGAAGAGUAUUUGAAAGCAGAACUUACAAGACAGUUAGACGGCAUCUUAAAAUCAUUUAAGGAUAUUGAGCAAAAAUCAGAUAACCAUGUCCAGCAGCUCCAGUCAGCAUACACCACUUCUCAUCAGUUCCAGCAAAUGUCUAAGGACUUUCAGGCCUGGCUAAGCAAAAAGAAAGAAGAGCUGAACCAGGCUCGUCCUGUGUCAGCCAAACUUGAUGCCUUGCAAUCACUAAUUGAAGAACAGAAAGAUUUUAAGAAGACAAUGACCGAUCAGAUUAGUUCAUAUGAAAGAAUUGUUGCAGAAGGAGAAAGUAUCUUACAGAAGACUCAAGGAGAUGACAAAGCAGAGUUACAAUCCCAAAUUGCAACACUCAAGAAUAACUGGGAUGAAAUGAAUAAACAGGUAAAAGAAAGGGAAGAUAAAUUAGCGGAUUGUCUGGAGAAAGCCCUCAAAUAUAAGCAGCAUGUAGAAAAUCUGCAGCCAUGGAUAGAGAAGUGCCAAAGCAACCUGUGUGAAUUAAAAGUUGGCAUAAACCCUGUUGAAAUAGAGGAUUCUAUUGUUCAGGUGAGGGCAUGGCAGAAAGAACUGGAUAAACACCACGGGAUAGUGGAACUAUUAAAUAAUUCUGCUGAAAGUUUGCUCAAUGCAAGUCAAACAGAUAAAGAAAUUGUUCAAGAAGAAACUAAGGUGCUUAAUCAGAAUGUGAAAGUGGUUACAGAGCAGUUACAUAAGAAGAGAGAGUGCUUGGAAAAUAUGGCACAGAGACUGAAAGAGUUUCAGGACUCAUCCAGGGAAACAGAAAGACAGCUUAAAAGUGCCAAAGAACAUCUGGAAGCUCAUGAUUCACUUGGACCUCAGUCAUUCAGUAACAAACACCUGACAAUGAUGCAGGCCCAGCAGAAAGCCUUGCAGGUUUUAAAGCCUCACAUUGAUUUAACAAAAAAGCUUGCCCAAGACCUGGUGGUAGAAGCGUCUGAUUCAGCAGGUGUUUCUGACCUCUUACUCCAAGCCGAAUCUUUGGAGCAAGAAUACACUGCAGUGAAGCAACAAGUUGAGGAUAGAUGCUCGUUCCUAGAGACCAAACUUCAGGGAAUUGGCCACUUCCAAAACAGCAUCCGAGAGAUGUUCUCUCAGUUUGCCGAGUUUGAUGAUGAACUUGAUAGCAUGGCUCCAGUCGGGAGAGAUCUCAAGUUACUGCAAGUACAGAGAGAGGACAUAAAACUCUUCAUGAAAAAGUUGGAGGAUCUUAUAAUGAAUAAUGAAAAUGCUAAUAAGAACUGUAAAAUUAUGCUAGCCACAGAAGCUGAAGCUUCUCCUGAUCUUGUUGGUAUAAAGAGAGACUUGGAAGCUCUAAAUAAACAGUGCAACAAGCUACUAGACAGAGCAAAAGCCAGGGAAGAUCAAGUGGAGGGUACUAUUUGCCGUGUUGAGGAGUUUUACAGUAAGCUAAAAGAAUUUUCCACUCUGCUUGGGAGAGCUGAAGAACAUGAAGAGUCACAAGGUCCUGUUGGAAUGGAAACAGAGGCUAUUAAUCUGCAGCUGAAUACAUUCAAGGUAUUCCAGAAAGAAGAAAUUGAACCCUUACAAGUAAAGCAACAGGAAGUAAAUUGGUUGGGUCAGGGCCUUAUUCAGAGUGCUGCUAAAAGUACCAACACAGAAAACCUUGAACAUGACCUUGAAGAUGUCAACAGCCGAUGGAAGACUCUUAAUAAGAAGGUUGCCCAGCGUGCUGCACAAUUGCAGGAAGCUCUCCUCCACUGUGGGAGAUUUCAGGAUGCCCUUGAAUCUCUGCUUAGCUGGCUCAUUGAUACAGAAGAUCUUGUGGCUAAUCAGAAACCACCAUCUGCUGAAUUCAAAGUUGUUAAGGCCCAAAUACAAGAACAGAAGCUUCUCCAGAGGCUGCUGGAUGACCGCAAGCCCACUGUGGAGGCAAUCAAGCGGGAAGGGGAGAAAAUUGCGGAGUCAGCAGAGCCUGCUGACAGAGUGAAAAUCCUCAAACAGUUGAGUUUCCUGGAUAGUCGAUGGGAUGCCUUGCUCAGUAAAGCUGAAACAAGGAACCGUCAGCUGGAAGGCAUCUCGGUGGUAGCACAGCAGUUCCACGAAGCUCUGGAGCCUCUGGUGGAGUGGCUGACAGCCACAGAGAAGAGGCUUGCAAAUGCAGAACCUAUUGGAACACAGGCCUCCAAACUGCAGCAGCAAAUUUCUCAGCAUAAAGCCCUAGAAGAUGAUGUCCUAGCUCACAAUAAGAGUUUACAUCAGGCCGUUAGUGCUGGUCAGUCCCUAAAGACUAUGUGCUCCAGGGAAGAUAAAGAUAUGGUGCAGGAAAAGCUAGAUUCUGCUCAGGCACGAUACAUUGAAAUUCAAGAGAAGAGCAACAGCAGGUCUGAACUUCUCCAGCAAGCUUACAGCAAUGCUCAGAUCUUUGGGGAGGACGAAGUUGAAUUGAUGAACUGGCUGAAUGAAAUCCAUGAUAAACUGAACAAAUUGUCAGUCCAAGAUUGCAGCACAGAAUUGCUUGAGAAACAGCACUCUGAACUACUGGAUCUUCAGGAAGAGAUUCUUCUUAGAAAACAAAAUGUUGAUUUAGCUAUACAAAAUGGCUUAGAGCUUCUCAAGCAAACAACAGGUGAUGAAGUUGUAAUUGUUCAAGAUAAACUGGAAGGCAUUAAAGCGAGAUACAAAGAAAUCACAAAAUUAAGUUCUGAUGUAUCCAAGACUUUAGAGCAGGCUCUGCAGCUUGCAGGCCAACUGCACUCAACUCAUGAAGAACUCUGCAAGUGGCUUGAUGAAGUAGAAAUGGAGUUACUGUCAUAUGAAACUCAAAUACCAGAGGGUGAAGAAUUGAGCCAAGUACAAGAAAGACAAAAAGAGCUGAAAAAAGAAGCAAAGAACAACAAAGGCUUAGUGGACACUCUGAAUGAAGUUGGCAGUGCCUUCCUGGAGCUGGUGCCAUGGAGGGCCAGAGAGGGGCUGGACAAGAUGAUAACGGAGGACAACGAGCGUUACAGAUUAGUGAGUGACACGAUCUCCCAGAAGGUGGAUGAGAUUGAUGCUGCCAUCCUGAGAUCCCAGCAGUUUGAUCAAGCAGCUGAUGCUGAAUUUGCCUGGAUUGCAGAAACAGAAAAGAAACUGAUGUCUCUGGGUGAUAUUAGGCUUGAGCAAGACCAGACCACUGCUCAGCUGCAAGUUCAAAAGGCUUUUACCAUGGAGAUUUUAAGGCACAAAGAUACUAUAGAUGAACUUGUUAAAUCUGGGGAUAAGAUUAUGAAAACGUGCACUGAAGAAGAGAAACAGAUGAUGAAGAAAAAAAUUGAAAGCCUCUUGCAGAAAUAUGAUGCAGUCUGUCAAAUGAACUCAGAAAGAAACCUCCAGCUGGAACGGGCUCAGUCCCUGGUUAACCAGUUCUGGGAGACUUAUGAAGAGCUUUGGCCGUGGUUAACUGAAACAGAAAUGAUCAUCUCUCAGCUUCCUGCGCCAGCCCUUGAAUAUGAAACAUUAAAGCAGCAACAAGAAGAACAUAGGCAACUGCGUGAGCUGAUUGCUGAGCACAAGCCUCAUAUAGAUAAGAUGAACAAAACCGGGCCUCAGCUGCUGGAGCUGAGCCCAGGAGAAGGCUUUUCUAUCCAAGAGAAAUAUGUGGCAGCUGACACCCUUUACAGUAAAAUUAAGGAAGAUGUCAAAAAGCGAGCGCUGGCACUGGAUGAAGCCAUUUCUCAGUGUACCCAGUUUCAUGACAAGAUAGAUCCAACUCUCGAGAGUCUGAAGCGCAUUGCUGAACGUCUGAGGCAGCCACCGUCGAUCUCAGCAGAGGUUGAGAAGAUAAAAGAGCAGAUCAGUGAAAAUAAGAAUGUGUCAGUGGAUCUGGAAAAACUUCAGCCAGUGUAUGAGACACUUAAACAGAGAGGAGAGGAAAUGAUUGCUCGCUCAGAAGGUGCUGAUAAGGAUAUGUCUGCUAAAGCUGUUCAAGAUAAACUAGACCAAAUGGUCCUAAUUUGGGAAGACAUCCAGACCUUGACUGAGGAAAGAGAGGCCAAACUGUUGGAUGUAAUGGAACUGGCUGAAAAGUUUUGGUGUGAUCAUAUGGCUCUUGUAGCUACUAUUAAAGAUACUCAGGACUUCAUUCGAGAAUUGGAGGGACCUGGAGUAGACCCAUCUGUAGUCAAGCAGCAGCAAGAAGCUGCAGAGGCUGCCAAAGAAGAAAUUGAUGGACUACAAGAAGAACUAGAAGCAGUUGUGAGCCUUGGCUCUGAGCUGAGAGCUGCUUGUGGAGAGCCUGACAAACCUAUUGUCAACAAGAGUAUAGAUGAGCUGAAUUCUGCCUGGGAUGCAUUAAACAAAACAUGGAAAGAACGUGUGGAUAAGCUUGGGGAAGCUAUGCAGGCAGCUGUUCAAUACCAAGAUGGACUACAGGCAUUGUUUGACUGGGUAGACAUUGCUGGCAGCAAGUUAGCAUCUAUGUCCCCGGUUGGAACAGAUCUGGAGACAGUGAAGCAGCAAACAGAGGAGCUUAAGCAAUUUAAGACAGAAGCUUAUCAGCAGCAGAUAGAAAUGGAAAGACUGAACCAUCAGGCAGAACUAUUGCUAAAGAAGGCAACACAAGAGAGUGACAAGCACACUGUUCAAGACCCUCUUUCAGAGCUCAGACUAUUGUGGGACAGCCUAGAAGACAAAAUUAUAAGUAGACAGCACAAGCUGGAAGGUGCCUUGUUAGCCUUGGGGCAGUUCCAGCAUGCCCUGGAUGAGUUGCUGGCAUGGCUGACACAUACAGAAGACUUGCUGAAUGAACAGAAACCUGUGGGUGGAGACCCCAAGGCUAUUGAAAUUGAACUUGCCAAACAUCAUGUGCUACAAAAUGAUGUUUUCGCUCAUCAGUCUACGGUGGAAGCUGUUAAAAAAGCAGGAAAUGACCUGAUUGAAUCAAGUGCUGUUGAAGAAGCAAGUAAUUUACGGAGCAAGUUGGAACUCCUGAAUCAGCGCUGGCAAAACUUGUUGGAAAAAACAGAACAAAGGAAACAGCAGCUGGAUAGUGCCUUGAUCCAGGCUCAAGGUUUCCAUGGUGAAGUUGAGGAUCUGCAGCAAUGGCUGACAGACACUGAACGUCAGCUGUUGGCAUCAAAACCUGUUGGAGGCUUACCAGAAACAGCAAGAGAGCAGCUUAAUGCACAUAUGGAGCUUUGUGCUGCCUUUGAGGCCAAAGAAGAGACAUACAAGUGUCUAAUGCAGAAAGGCCAGCAGAUGCUUGCAAGAUGCCCAGAGUCUGCUGAAACAAACGUUGAGCAGGAUAUAAAUAAUUUAAAAGAAAAAUGGGAAUCUGUGCAAACAAAACUCAGUGAAAGAAAAACCAAACUGGAAGAAGCCCUGAAUUUAGCAAUGGAGUUCCACAACUCACUUCAAGAUUUCAUCAACUGGCUUACUCAGGCUGAGCAGACUCUGACUGCAGCUUCUCGGCCAAGUCUUAUCUUGGACACUGUCUUAUUUCAAAUUGAUGAACACAAGGUUUUUGCCACAGAAGUGAACUCUCAUCGAGAUCAGAUCAUAGAGCUGGACAAAACUGGAACCCAUUUGAAAUAUUUCAGCCAGAAACAGGACGUUGUCCUUAUUAAGAAUCUGCUGAUUAGUGUACAGAGUCGAUGGGAAAAAGUAGUCCAACGCUUAGUUGAAAGGGGAAGAGCUUUGGAUGAUGCAAGGAAAAGAGCCAAACAGUUCCAUGAAGCCUGGCAUAAACUUAUGGAAUGGCUGGAAGAGUCAGAGAAAUCUCUGGACUCAGAUCUUGAAAUUGCAAAUGACCCUGACAAAAUAAAGCUGCAGCUUGCACAGCAUAAGGAAUUCCAGAAAUCUCUUGGUGCCAAACAUUCUGUGUAUGAUACCACAAAUAGGACUGGACGUUCCUUGAAAGAGAAAACCACCUUGGCUGAUGACAAUUUGAAACUUGAUGACAUGCUGAGUGAACUAAGAGAUAAAUGGGAUACAAUUUGUGGAAAGUCAGUGGAAAGACAAAAUAAACUGGAGGAAGCCCUGCUGUUUUCGGGACAGUUUACUGAUGCUCUGCAAGCUCUUAUUGACUGGUUAUACAAAAUUGAACCUCAACUAGCAGAAGACCAACCAGUACAUGGAGACAUCGAUUUAGUAAUGAACCUGAUUGACAACCACAAGGUUUUCCAGAAGGAGCUGGGAAAAAGAACGAGCAGUGUCCAGGCUCUGAAGCGCUCUGCAAGGGAGCUGAUAGAAGGCAGUCGUGAUGACUCUUCCUGGGUCAAAGUCCAAAUGCAGGAGCUAAGCACUCGCUGGGAGACAGUUUGUGCCUUGUCAGUAUCCAAACAAACACGACUGGAACAGGCCCUUCGGCAGGCAGAAGAAUUCCACUCAGUUGUCCAUGUCCUUUUGGAAUGGCUGGCAGAGGCAGAGCAGACUCUUCGUUUCCACGGCAUCCUUCCAGAUGAUGAAGAGGCCCUGCGAACACUGAUAGAGCAGCACAGGGAAUUUAUGAAGAAACUGGAAGAGAAAAAGGCAGAACUGAAUAAAGCAACAGAUAUGGGAGAAGCUAUUCUGGCUAUCUGCCACCCUGACUCCAUCACCACCAUUAAGCACUGGAUAACAAUCAUCAGAGCCAGGUUUGAAGAGGUCUUAGCAUGGGCUAAACAGCAUCAACAGAGACUGGCAGGAGCUUUGGCUGGACUUAUUGCUAACCAGGAGCUGCUGGAAGCCUUGCUGUCCUGGUUGCAGUGGGCAGAGACUACACUAACUGAAAAAGAUAAAGAGGUGAUCCCCCAGGAGAUUGAGGAAGUUAAAGCGCUUAUAGCCGAACAUCAGACAUUCAUGGAAGAAAUGACCAGAAAACAGCCUGAUGUCGAUAAAGUUACAAAGACCUAUAAAAGGAAAGCACUUGAACCCUCUCCAGUACAAUCUCAUAUUCCUGUCCUUGAUAAGGGGAGAGCAGGAAGAAAGCGUUCCCCAACACCAGGCAUUUAUCCGUCAGCAGCCCAGGCACAAAUUGAAACCAAGAAUCCACGGGUAAACCUUUUAGUCAGCAAGUGGCAACAAGUUUGGCUUCUGGCCUUGGAAAGAAGGAGAAAACUUAACGAUGCUUUGGACAGACUUGAAGAGCUGAGAGAAUUUGCCAACUUCGAUUUUGAUAUUUGGAGGAAAAAAUACAUGCGAUGGAUGAACCAUAAGAAGUCUCGUGUGAUGGAUUUCUUUAGGAGGAUUGAUAAAGAUCAGGAUGGAAAGAUUACAAGACAGGAAUUUAUCGAUGGAAUUCUUUCUUCAAAGUUCCCUACAAGCCGACUUGAGAUGAGUGCUGUUGCAGACAUUUUUGAUAGAGAUGGUGAUGGAUAUAUUGACUACUAUGAAUUUGUAGCAGCUCUUCAUCCAAACAAGGAUGCAUACAAGCCUCUCACAGAUGCUGACAAAAUUGAAGAUGAGGUUACAAGGCAGGUAGCGAAAUGUAAAUGUGCAAAACGGUUUCAAGUGGAACAGAUUGGGGAUAACAAGUAUAGGUUCUUCCUGGGAAAUCAGUUUGGUGACUCUCAACAACUGCGCCUUGUUCGUAUCCUAAGAAGUACGGUCAUGGUCCGUGUUGGAGGUGGCUGGAUGGCACUUGAUGAGUUCUUAGUGAAAAACGAUCCUUGCCGUGUUCAUCAUCACGGGAGUAAAAUGUUACGUUCGGAAUCAAACUCUUCAAUUACCACUCAGCCUACUAUAGCUAAAGGGAGGACAAACGUGGAGCUGCGUGAAAAAUUCAUUUUGGCAGAUGGUGCCAGUCAGAGCAUGGCAGCUUUCCGACCAAGGGGCCGUAGAUCACGACCCUCUUCAAGAGGUGCUUCUCCCAACAGAUCUACUUCUCUGUCAAGUCAAGCUGGCCAGGCAGCUGCUCCACAAGCUGUUACUACAAGUACACCAAAGACACCACAUCAUUUAACACGCAACUAUGGUAAACCAUGGUUGACAAACAGCAAAACAUCAACUCCUUCUAAGCCACCAGAAUCCUCAGACUAUCAAGGGUCAUCUGCAGAGGGAACACCAAUUCAAGGAAGUAAACUCAGGCUGCCAGGGUAUCUAUCAGGGAAGAGUUUCCACUCAGGAGAAGACAGUGGCAUCCUGUCAACAGCAGCUACCAGAGUCAGAGCUCAGUUUGCCGAAACCAGAAGAACUCCAAGCAGACCUGGGAGCCGAGCAGGAAGCAAGGCUGGCAGCAGGUCAAGCAGCCGCCGAGGCAGUGACGCAUCUGACUUUGACAUUUCAGAAAUCCAGUCUGUGUGCUCAGAUAUGUCAGAGACUGUUCCUGCUACAAGCAGGCCGACACCCCGAGCAGGUUCUCGGCCAGGAUCCGCCAAGCCUUCUAAAAUUCCAACUCCCCAGAGAAGGCCACUAGCCAGCAAAUCGGACAAGUCUUUGAAGAGAUAAUAUGAUUGGCUCCAUAAAGGUCUUAUCCUUUUGCAUUAAAUAUUUAAGUUCAUAAGAUGUAAAAUAUUAUGUAGAAAUUACUGUGAAAUAUCACAAGAGGUGGAUUUUUAAUUCUGCAGAUGGCCUUAUUUGUGUAUUUGUCUUCUUAUUUUAUGUGUAUAAUUUUUGUCAGAUUCUUUUUUGUUUUGCCAUAUCCUGUGCGAAGGGGAAGAGUUCUAAUGUAAACUAACAGUUGUACACAGUAACAUGUAGAAAGUACACUAAAAAUAAUUGCCGAAUGUACAGUGUACUGAAUGUACAGUAAGUCUCUGCAACCUCAAUGAAAAAGGCCUGUCACUAUGUCAUUAGUUAACAGUAAAGGAUACCUCAUGAUUUUUCUUUAAAAAAGAAAAAGAGAAUACUGAAAGCCAAAAGACACAAUUACACAUUUUGAGCUAACUAAACAAACACUAAACGAUGUACGUCAAAACUACUAAGGAAUGCAAACACACAUUCACAAUACCCUUAUUUAUACAGCAUCUCUCAAAGAACUCACAAAGUUAAUUAAGCACUUGCCAAUAAUAUAAUACUCCAAUACCUUGCAGCAUUUCUGUGCCAUUGCUUUCAAUGAGGCCAGACACAUUCUGGAUAUCAGAACUAUUAUUCUGUAAGAAUAUCAAUAUGAAGUGCAUUCACGUAAAUGUGAGGUUUUCUUUUGCUUGAGUGGAUGGUAGCACUGUAUCAUUGAACUCAUUUUGUAUCAAAGCAAUUUUGCUUGCAGAAAGCUCAGAAAUAAACAUGUCCCUUAACUUUA